ACACUGAAAGCUUCCUGUUCAUCUCCCGACUCGACUUCCAGCUACUCAGGCUGCGCUCUUGUCUCAGCUCACCGGGAGCUUCAUCCCCGUGGUUAUGGUCUCCGGUGUCCUGGUGGCAGCUGAGGGUUUGAUAUCGUUAAUCCGUUUACAUUUAGCGGCGCCGCUGCUGUACGGGGGCCGUCGGUAGCAGGCGGAGGAUGAGAGCGGGAGCACUGCAGUAAUGAUGCGCUUUAUUGUGGACUGCCUGAGGGCACCGCGGGACAGAGCCCCGAAGGAUGAAGGGGACACCGAUGUCGUGGAAACAGAUGAGAGAGUCCUCGCCAAGGUAGCGGAGAUCAGAGUAAGAAGACCACAGCAUCUAGCUCUGGAGCUAGAAAAUUCAGUGGCAGUGGAGAACUUGGAACUUCAGGAACAGCAGUCAGAUCGCAAGGAGCUGGAGGAGACCCUGGUUAAAUUAGAUCAACACAAGGAGAAGCUUUCACAGCAAAUAAAGGCAACCAGACAGCUCUGCUAUGAAGAAAGUCAGCAGAUUCUGUCUCUGCAGGCAGAGGAGGUGCAGAAGGAGAGCCAGGUGGAGGAAUAUGAGAGAGAGCUUGCCAGAGCCAGGUGGAGGCUGAGGAAGCUCAGAGAGGAGGUGAAACAAGCCAAGAGGAAGGCGGAGGAGGCUGGAGAGAGGAACACUCCACUGCAAGACUCCAUCAGACAGUCCUAUGAAGAGAUCCUGCAGGAGGAAAACACUCUGUGCUCUCUGUCAGGAGGGGCAGUCACUCCAGAAAGCCAACUAGAGGAGUCAACAUCUCCUGCAGACACGACUGAAGAUGAUCCGCUUCCCAUGAGACCAUGGGGAAGGAGCCAAUCACUGCCCGCCUAUGCUGACAUGAUAAUGGUGAUUAAUGGCUCACCCUUCUGCAAUAAUCUAGCUGGUACAAGGGAAGAUGACAGUGGGACCAGCUCACCGAAGAUGGACAGAUCUGACAUCGAGGAUGACCCAGACGAAGGAGAGCUCAACAAUGUAGAGAACAAAGACAGAGAGCAGGAAGAGUCCAUUGUUAACCCAAAACGUCUCAGUCAACUGGACUUUUACCAAGCUGACCCCUUCGUCCACUGUCAGAGUGACCAUGACCUCUUCACUAAACAUCUAUUUCCUAUAAUGGACUCAGCUGAUGAAUUUACUUCAGACCCUUUCAAAGGCAGUGACCCAUUUGCAGCAGACAUUUUGUUUCCAGAACCGAACGUCGGCACCGAUGAUGGGAUGGGAAAUGUCGGCGAUGAGGCAGACACUAGUCUGUCUUGUGCUGAAAACAAAGCCUCAACAGGCACUCAGUGCUUUGAGUCAGAAUUCCCAGAUGAAGACAGCGACAUAGAGAUAAGCUACAGCCGAGAGGACUUAGACGCGAUUGCUGUUGCAGAUGAUUCCCGUGGAUUUAAACCCAUUCAGAGCUCGUCAGAAGAGCUGGGGCCUGAGCCGAUCCAGGGCUGGAGGUCCCAGGGCCAGUAUUCUGUAGAAUCAGACCCCAAUGGGUAUGAGCUGGAUCUUGGUGCCAUCUCCCCGCCCUCUGACAUAGAAGAACGCAGUCUAGGCUCUCUAGCUGGGGAGGCUACCAAUGAGGCAACAAGAGAACUAGAACAAGGUCUGCAUACUGGUGUGGCUGAGACUGUCAGUGAACAUGGUGGACCUGUCCUGUUUGAACCAGAUUGGGCACAUAACGUAGAGGAAGCGCUGCUCUGUGAUACAACUUCCUCUCAGGCAACAGAAUGGGCUGGCAGCACUGACCAGGAGCCCCAAAAUCCUGCAACCCCUCAAAACUCGCUAGAUUCCCUGAACCGUUCUGUUCAGCCUGACUCACAGCAGAACAGCUUUGAGUUAAACUAUGAACCAACCAGUCAGUCUUCCUUUGACCCAUAUGGGUUCAAACUCAGUCCAGAGCAUUCUAGUCACACCCUCUUAGACCCUGAUGAAGCUGAGCUAAGCCCAGAACCUGCUGAAAAUGAUCUGGCAUUUGAUCCGGAGCCUUCCUCUUCUCAACCAGACCAACUCAACUUUGAUGCCUAUGGGUUUGAUAUCGCUUCCUCCGAGAUGGUACGGGACUCUGACCCUUAUGGCUUUAAGCUCAGCCCUGAGGAAGAGAACCAGGAGGUAUUGGAUCUAUGUGCCCAUGAGAACCAGGAGGCAAUGGACCUUUGCACAUAUGACAACAAUAAGCAAAUAAAACAAUCUAACUAUAGCAACCAGGAAGUAGUGAAUCCUCACACAUGUGAAAACCAAGAAGUGCUUGAACAUUGUAGCCACAAUAACCAGGAAUUUCUGGAUUUGUGUAACAAUGGAAACCAAGAAGUGCUGGAACCAUCUAACCUUGACAACAAGGAGUUGGUUAUGCAUGAAAACCAGGAACUGCUGGAUCUCUGUAGUCAUGACAACCAAGAGGUGGUAGAGCCCUAUUCCAAUAUUAGCAACGAGGAACUACUUGAACCUCAUGACUAUGACAACCAAGAAGUGCUCAAAUCUUGUAGCCAUGGCAAUCAGGAACUGCUGGACUUCCUUCUUCCUGAAAAUCAGGAAGUGCUGGAUUUAGAUAGCCGUGGCAACCAAGAACUGCUGGAUUUUGGCAGCAAAGAAAAUCAAGAAGUGCUGGUUUUAGAUCGCCAAAACUCACAAGGACUCCAGGAUCUUCGUAGCCAUGAAAAUCAGGAAUUGUUAGACUUAGGUAGCCAUGACAACCAAGAGGUGCUAAACAUGUUGCGUAAAGAAGUUUCCCCAGAAGCGAACAACAACCAGUGCAUUGUGGAGCCAGGGCCCAAUGUCAUUUCUACCAAUAGCAGCUCAGAUAGUGAUGUGGCGUCAGAAGACUUGCUAGGACUGGAACUCUGUAACACCAGUAUCUGCACUGCCAACACCACAAACACUAACACUGCUGACACUCGCAACAUGGCCAUCAGCAACAGGUCUGCCAACCUGGACCUCAGUUCUUCCACUGCUCCAAUACAUCAGAACUUGUUAGAAGGGGAUCUGGGUUUAGUGUUUGGGGCUGGAGGAUACAUUGGUUGUCCUGAUGUAGCUGACGACCUGGAACCUGUGGACAGAAAGCCGGCAAAGCCAGCAGCAGAACCAGUACAACCAGUCAGACCAGUUAGGCCACCUCGACCAUCUCUCAGGGCCAAGGAGAAGGACCAGUCCCAGACUAAGGGCAUCGACCUGAAGUGAUCUUUCACCAACAAAGACUCAUGGGGGUUACCAUGUCAGCAGGUGUCAACAUAAUGGGGAGUAAAGCAAGAGGAUGGAUAAUAAAAUGGAGACAAAUGACAAUGAAAAAAGGACAUACAAUUAAAUAGAAGGGAGGGAGACAUUGUUCUGUUGUUAUUUAUGUCAAUAAAGUAGUCUAAUCAAGUCAGAAGAAAACGGGAAGUAAUCAAACUGUAAAAACUAACAGAUACCAUGGUAACAGUUAGCUCUGAAAGAUUUAUUAAUUAGUAUUAUGGAAAUGUGAUUAGCUUGUUGCUGCAGCCUAUAUAGAUUGAUUCAUAGAAGUUAGGAUUGGAAACAACUAUCUGAAAAUGAACAACAUUCUUCGAGGAUUGUCUAACAUAAAAUAAAGUGUUCCCAGAAUUUUUUUUUUUGUAUCUCAGCUGAUGCCAGUUAAUUAACUGAGGUUUAUACAGUGCCUUGUGAAAGUAUUCGGUUCCCUUGAACUUUUCAACCUUUCGCCACAUUUCAGGCUUCAAACAUCAAGAUAUAAAAUUUUAAUUUUUUGUCAAGAAUCAACACCAAGUGGGACACAAUCGUGAAGUGGAACAAAAUUUAUUGGAUAUUUUAAACUUUUUUAACAAAUAAAAACCUGAAAAGUGGGGCGUGCAAUAUUAUUCGGCCCUCUUGUAUUAAUACUUUGUAGCACCACCCUUUGCUUCAGUUACAGCUGCAAGUCUCUUGGAGUAUGUCUCUAUCAGUUUUGCACAUCGAGAGACUGAAAUUCUUGCCAAUUCUUCCUUGCAAAACAGCUCGAGCUCAGUGAGGUUGGAUGGAGAGCGUUUGUGAACAGCAGUCUUCAGCUCUGCCCACAGAUUCUCGAUUGGAUUCAGGUCUGGACUUUGACUUGGCCAUUCUAACACCUGGAUAUGUUUAUUUGUGAACCAUUCCAUUGUAGAUUUGGCUUUAUGUUUUGGAUCAUUGUCCUGUUGGAAGAUAAAUCUCCGUCCCAGUCUCAGGUCUUUUGCAGACUCCAACAGGUUUUCUUCCAGAAUGGUCCUGUAUUUGGCUCCAUUCAUCUUCCCAUCAAUUUUAACCAUCUUCCCUGUCCCUGCUGAAGAAAAGCAGGCCCAAACCAUGAGGCUGCCACCACCGUGUUUGACAGUGGGGAUGGUGUGUUCAGGGUGAUGAGCUGUGUUGCUUUUACGCCAAACAUAUCGUUUUGCAUUGUGGCCAAAAAGUUCCAUUUUGGUUUCAUCUGACCAGAGCACCUUCUUCCACAUGUUUGGUGUGUCUCCCAGGUGGCUUGUGGCAAACUUCAAACGAGACUUUUUAUGGAUAUCUUUGAGAAAUGGCUUUCUUCUUGCCACUCUUCCAUAAAGGCCAGAUUUGUGCAGUGUACAACUGAUUGUUGUCCUAUGGACAGACUCUCCCACCUCAGCUGUAGAUCUCUGCAGUUCAUCCAGAGUGAUCAUGGGCCUCUUGGCUGCAUCUCUGAUCAGUCUUCUCCUUGUUGGAGGUGAAAGUUUAGAGGGACGGCCGGGUCUUGGUAGAUUUGCAGUGGUCUGAUACUCCUUCCAUUUCAAUAUGAUUGCUUGCACAGUGCUCCUCGAGAUGUUUAAAGCUUGGGAAAUCUUUUUGUAUCCAAAUCCGGCUUUAAACUUCUCCACAACAGUAUCUCGGACCUGCCUGCUGUGUUCCUUGGUCUUCAUGAUGCUCUCUGCACUUUAAACAGAACCCUGAGACUAUCACAGAGCAGGUGCAUUUAUACGGAGACUUGAUUACACACAGGUGGAUUCUAUUUAUCAUCAUCAGUCAUUUAAGACAACAUUGGAUCAUUCAGAGAUCCUCACUGAACUUCUGGAGUGAGUUUGCUGCACUGAAAGUAAAGGGGCCGAAUAAUAUUGCACACCCCACUUUUCAGUUUUCUAUUUGUUAAAAAAGUAUAAAAUAUCCAAUAAAUUUCAUUCCACUUCACGAUUGUGUUCCAAUUGUUGUUGAUUCUUGACAAAAAAUUAAAAUUUUAUAUCUUUAUGUUUGAAGCCUGAAAUGUGGCGAAAGGUUGAAAAGUUCAAGGGGGCCGAAUACUUUCACAAGGCACUGUAUUAAUUGUGAUCUAUGAUGUGAUUUUAUGAAGGUUUGACAGAGCUGGCUCAUCUGCAGCAAAAGAGUAUCCCCCAAUUUUGAUUUGAAAUUAAUGUUGGAACACGUAUAAGUGGACUUUAUCACAUAGACAAAAUGUAUAUAAAUUAUAUACUGUACUCUGCUGUUGUGGUUUUGAGAUUAUCUAGUCAAUUAGUAGUUUAGGUCUAAGUUGGAUACGAGCUGUAGAGAGUUUGGUCAGGCUUCACAGUGAGUGCUUAGCCAUACAAUCACUACAGUAACACACCCAGUGUUUUCACUCAUCGGUUAUUUUAAAGUGCGCCGCCAAGAAUUUUUUAACAGCAACCUGAGAAACAAUGGUUCACUGCCAACUCUGGCUUUAAAUUUCAAGCCUGUUUCAUGUCUGACGGCAGCUUUACUUUGGUCAGACAUGUGGUUUGGUGCACCUGUUGCCACACUUAACAAUCAUGUCACAGUAUACUACAGUACACCUGUGCAGCAGUGAUGUAAUGUGAGGUCAGAAAGACAAGCUUUUAGGUGGGUGCUAAGUUCCUCUCUGAAGCGUUUAGCUGCUGAACUUAGUACUUGAAUGUUAUAAUCAGUAGUAGUAAAGAACUGGACUGUCACUAAGAAUACAGUCAGCUUUAAAUGUCCUUUACAAUGCAAUUUUCUACAUCAUUGUCCCACUUCCAUGGUAUAAUAUUGUUACAGCUAAGUGACAGCUAUGCACUAAUAUUAGUUGUGUACUAUAUUAGUAGGUAGCAAACCAGACAUUGAUUUUCUUAACAGUUUGACACUGACAGAUGGAGAUUGCUCUCCCCAAACACUACUGCCAAUUUCACUCAACAAAACCAAACUGUAAGCUAAAAAGAAUUUUCAAGACUUUUGAGCGCACUCUGAGCAGUCACUUUAGUCUUUGCACCACUGUCUGCUUUUGUCAGUAUGUUGGUAUGGUGUAUGCAACUGGGACUCAGCUAGGUUUGCUUUUGAUUAAGUUCAGCACUUACCCUUUACAGCACAAGAAGGUCAGAGGGUGCUGUUCAUUUGGCACAAAUUGGCUUCUAACGUUCAGAGUAUUUUUGUGCCAUGUCUGAUAGGCCAGUAUGAAAAUAGUUUCCAACAUGUUUAUCCUCAUUUAACCAAAGACAUCAGAAGGUUGUGAGAACUGAUAGAAAUGGGCUUUACAAUAAUUCUAACUGCUCUUCCACUGCUCAUUCCAAACUGACGAUGUGACUGUGUGUAAGAGGAGUCGGGAGGCUUGCUGAUUGGUUUCAGAUCGUACUGCAUGCCGUAUAACAUCUUCUGUCAAACUUGCAAUUACUGACUUUUUGUUCACUUGGGGGCCAGUGGAAACAUGUUGUGACCCCAAGCAACAAAGCAAUGUUGUUAUUCACUGAAGUGGCUGUGCAACAUAUUCACUUUUUUCCUCUCUUUUUGGUCUCUACCAGCUCCUGGGUUAAAUAUGUGACUGUUUAGUGCUAAAUGCAUGGCAGUGUUCACCAACUAGUCUCUGUCUGCAAUCUGGUUCCUGCUGAGCAGGUAGAGUAUAAUGGCUUUUUCUCUGAAAAUAGUUGUCUGCUGUGGUCAAAUAUGACACUAUGAGAGCACUAAAAGCAAACUAGAACUGUAAAGUUACAGCUAGCUAGCUGAACAAUGAGCUGAAACUCACCAUUGAGCUCUUUAAGGAUCGAGCUGCAGAUUGAGCUGAUGAUUUUUUGUAGGUUCAUUACUACCAGAGUGCUGUUAUAUUAUUUUCACAAUACAGUUUGAUAUUGUUACUGAUUAUAGCUGAUUUAAGGUUACAGACACACAAAUGCUUUUUUGUGUACCUGACCAGUAGACAAUACAUUUCGUCUACUAGUCAGGUAGCAGUGCUGUCAGGAUUCAUCAGGCAAUGAAAAGUGUACAUAUAGAUGUAUCCCCAUAUAAAAUGAAAAAAAUGUGUAUGUAUGAAACAACAUGUUGUGUAUGAUGAAUAUAUAUCCCAGGUGACAGUCUACCUUGACACUGGAACAGACUCUGCAGGUGCUGAGCAAACAUUUAAGUUCUUAAGUUUCUGUUCUGCCUACCUCAUAACUGCUUUACCAUAAUGACAGGACAACAUUGUAAACCUAGUGAAAGCAAACAUUGUGUGAUUUUCACACCUAUUAGACAUGUGCCGGCAGGACAGAACACUAAUUCUUGUGUACACUAUAUAACCAAGACAAUAAAAGUUCAAUCUACAGUUUUCAGAAUCAUGGAUGCCACCAGAGCACCAGCAUCCUAGCAUCAGUUUUACUUACAACCAGAAAAGUAGAUUUCUUCAGUGCAUGUCAUGUGGCUAUUUCCUCUCUUUCUACCAUCUCCUGAGUUACCAUUUCCUGUAUCUCCUUCACUAAAGGAAACAAAAAAAAUCUGCAAAUGAAUACCCUACUUGCUAAAAAUGGCAGGUUUUGUAAGAUGGGAUUGUGCAGGAAGGCAGGCCUACUAGGUUCUAUGAAGGAAUAACCUAUUUAUGCGACAGCACAUGCCUCCUUGCAUACAAAUGUUCCAUUUCAUAGUUUUGCUGGGGCACUGUUGCUGCCUUCUGGGCUUAGCACUGCUCGAGACAAUUGUUAAUAAUAAAAAAAAUACAAACAAAUCAGCAUCUUUCCCCUACUAGAUGCAUGCUGAACACUCAAACUGUGCUUUCACGAUGCGAUAUGAGAAGUUGCUCUGGUUCUGUUUCUAAAUGCCACACAGAGGGAAUGUCACUUCACUCUGUGCUAAAGAUGCAGUCUUCUACUUCAUUAAUGCUAUCUAAAUGUCCCAAAUCUCAUAUAUGGAACCAUGAAAUAUUAAACAUGUAAAAAUUCAGUUUGCAAUAAAGGGGUCCAUCUCCUCACAAAAACCUCACUCAUACAACCAAAGAUAUUCCAUGAGAUAGCAACUGUACAGUGGAAUCUUUGAUGAUACACACUUUGCAGGAUAUUGUCUUGCAGUAUGUGUCACCAUCACCUACCUCCAUAUUAAAUUAUUUUAGCUGAACAUGAAGCAUGCAUAUCACUGUUACGCCUUAUUUUCCUUAGAUUUGUGUUCAACGUUAAAGGUCAAAGUCAGAUUCCCUGUUUGCAAAACCAGUAAAGCUGUAGUGGAACAUGACAGCUUAGAGUUUGAGUUUUGAAGCACACAGAAAAAUGCUGAUGUACUGCCUGGCUGACUUACCCACUGGUGUCCGUGGGGAUACGGAAUUUGUUGUUUGGGUUCAAUAAGACUAGAAUCCUAUGUCCUGGAAGUUUAAAAACUCAUGUAGAGGAAUCCAUUGAAACAGGAGGGCAUGUUACAAUAUCGUCAUUGUGUAGAAUACUCAAGCUGAACACCUAGUUAACCCUAUUAGAGGCAGAAGAUCGUAAAAGUUUUUCCAUCCUCUUGAAACAUAUUUUUUCAGUUUCUUCUCCCAUUUUGAACCACAUGAAAGUGAAUGAAGUUAGAUUUUAGGACUGUCUUACAAAUGUGUCAACAUGUUUUAUUCCCAUUUUCGGUCCAGAGCUAAGACUGAUUUGUGUAAAGGUAACAGUUAUUUUACAGAUUAAAAGAAGUGCUGAAAAUGCAUCACUGUACAUAGGCACAUGUAGCACAAUAAACAUCUCAUUCCGUGCACUGUAAAAAUGACAAAGUUAACAAGCAAUUUUAUUAUUUACACAGAAUGCAGUUGAAUUAUUUGUUGUUUAUUUUUGUAUUUAUUUAUUUUUGUAUUUAUUGAUUUACAGGCUGCUUAUAAUAUCUGGACAGGAUACGAAUAUAACUGAAAGCAGUUAUCAGAGCAGUAAUAUUGUUCAGAGAGAGUCAGAGAUGAACUUGCUUCUGGAGCUUUUCAUUUUUUGCAGUGUGUGUUUUCUAUGAUACAGAUGUAUGCACUUUAAAGCCAUGGUUGAAGGAAACCAUAUUCAGAAAAACUUCUGCGUUUUGCCAUGGUGAGGCCAUGGCUUUUUGUGAUGAUGAUAAAUCUAUGUGUGGUGUACAUGUUGCUGUCUAAAUGUGAUGUUCUGUGAUGAAAAACCUAAAAAUAAAAGUAAUCUACAAUACA